CCUUUUACCGUCUUACUCUCCCCCCCUAAUCCCCCAUCACGAAAAACUUUCGUUUCCUGCAGGUACAGUGUACUAACACACACGUGCACAAUGCACAGACACACGCGCAGCCCUCACUUGCUCACAGCAUCAUCUCGAGCAGCGUAGAGCAGUGUUGCUUUUUCUUCCUUCGGAAAGCUUCUAACCAAAUUUCUGCCCCUCGAAUCUGUACGCCAAAAGUAGAAUCUAAUAGCAAUAGAAGCGCUUUAAUUCCACGCUGGAACUGUGCUGUUGUGUGUGGUGAGAAAAACGUGUCAAAUACCUUCAUUCCACUGGUUGCCCUCCUCUUUGGUUUGGCCCCAGUGAUGCAGGUGCAGGCGAACGAGGACACAAAGAAAGGACACUGGGAAGACAGUGGACCACUUGGUGGGGGUAAGCAGUAGUGUGCACAGCAAGUUUUUCGCGUGUGUAUCUUGUCCGCCUUUUUCCCUGUUUUUUCCCGCGUGGCGAUAGCGCGUCCCUUUCUUCGUCUUUUCAUCGCAGCGCCCUGAAGCAAGAGUGCGCCAUCAUGUUUUCUGCCUUCAUGGCCUCCUAGAGUAACCUAGGUGGCAUAGCCACACACACAAACACACAAACACACAACAUGUUACACUUGCUCGGACCGCAGUGGCUGUGACGGACGGUGCAGGGAGGUGUGUGGGUGGUGACCAUUUACAUUCGUGUCGUGCCAAAAAUUCGGUGCUUCUGUGAAAGAAAAACGGGAACCCGCAGCAGUACAGUGGGUCGAUAAAUGUGUGCGUGUGUGUUUGUGUGAUUUGGUGAAACGAGGCAAAAAGUAAACCGGAAAACAUCACGGGUCCAAGCAACCAAAGCAAAGCGAAACUCUUUCCUCGCUGAUGUUGCCUGCCUGCGGGGCCAACUGUAGAGAAAAUGCGUAAUUUGCUCUGCAUGAUGCUGUGCUAAACCAUCCUAGCUUUAGCAUAUUUUUCCACCCUUCACCGAUGGCGCACCAUCGAAACCAUCGCCGGGAGCUGCUAGUGUUGGAAAAGUAGGCGAUGUGAACGGCGUUCGACAGCACCGACCACGGGCAGCACCGACUGACAUUGGAAAAGCAAAAGUGACGAAAAAGGUCCAAGAAGCCUUCACCAAUAGUGAAAAGGACACGAAUUGACACACUUGGGAAAGAGUCGAACAACAUAGUAUGCUGCUAUGAAGCUGCCGGCCAAUGGAGUAGCGGCAAUCUACCUUUUGCUGCACUGCGUGUCAGGAUCGGUGCUGAAAUCUUCCGCCCUCCAGUCGAGCAGUCCGUUUAUGAGUUUGCCGCGCAACUUUUGGCAGGAAAUCUCCGUACCGUACACCGAUCUGCCGAGCGAUGACGACGAGCAGGAGGACGAGUCGGCCGAAAGUACCACGCACGAUCCGUACCCGUUCUUCGACGAUGCCAACAUGACCGCGAACGUCACCACCCAGCUCGGGGCGGACGUGUAUCUGCACUGCCGGGUGAACGAUUUGCGCGAGCGAACGGUCAGCUGGGUGCGGCGGAAGGGUGACGAGAUACAUCUGAUCACCGUCGGCCGGCAGACGUACAGUAGCGACUCGCGCUACUCGCUCCAGUACCAACCACCGAACGAUUGGCAGCUGCUGAUCCAGUACUCGAACGAGCGGGACGAGGGCCACUACGAGUGCCAGAUCUCGUCCUAUCCGCCGCUCGUCUACCUGGUGUACUUGCUCGUAGUUGUGCCACGGGUGGAGAUCAUAGACGAGCGGGGCCAGGCCACGUUGGACAAGUUCUACAAACCGGGCAGCACGAUCGAGCUGAAGUGCAUCAUCAGCCGGGUGCCGCAACCGACGAGCUACGUCACGUGGAAGCACGGCAUGCGAAUGCUCAACUACGACACCAGCCGAGGUGGCAUCAGCGUCAAGACCGACCUGCUACCCGGUGGUGCGAUGAGCCGGCUCUACAUUGCCAACGCCAAUCGGCACGAUACGGGCAACUACACAUGUGCCCUGGCCGACAUUGCUCAGGCCACGGUAUCGGUACACGUGCUCAACGGUGAAAAUCCUGCCGCAAUGCAGCAUGGCAGCGGUCCCCAGUGGCAACCGUUGGCCGGUCUCAUCAUGUUCGUCCAGCUGCUGUUGCUCUGCCUCAACACUGUCCGGUGACUGUCGACUUCGGAAGCAUAAAACUCCCACCCCCUGUGUCUCUUUUUUCCACAUUUUCGUUAAAGCUUACCCCUGUUUCCGUCACAUCAAACUCAAUGUUUCUUCGCUUUGCCAAUGGAGACGAUCCAGAGCGGAGAUGGAAUUAUCCCCAACCGAGCAAAGCGGCAACUAAAGCCACCGCAUGCUACUAAACCGAUGUAAUAUCCCCCCUCUCCACUCCCCCCCCCCUGACCCUAACAUAUCAAUGCACACGAAUGCAGUUGCAGCGAUUGCAUUCGCUUCAUUCUACCCGGUCCCAGCAGCUGACGGGGAAACACCCUUUUCCACCUUCUUCGUACAUUCUGCCUAUUCAGGACUUGUUUACUUGCACACGCUCUAUGCACAUACUAUGCUCGUACUUCGGCAACAGUAGAUUAGCAAUUCAAUGCGACAGUUGUUACACACUGUCGGUCCAUGGUUGUACUAGCUGAUAAGCAAGUUUGAUAAGUUUUGAUACGCAGUGCAUGGGUAUUGGUAGCAGCACACGUGCUAUUCCCAGCUGCACAGGCAUCACACCCAGCUGGUGGGUGUAGUUUGUGGUUGUAGAUACAUAAGAAGGGACAGUCAGAAGGAGAACGAAAGGGAAACCAUUCAUUCAUACAUAACUAUAAUAUAUUUAUAUUCGUCACAAAGUCGUCGGCUUCGACGGAGCGGCCAAAGAAAGAGGGACCGUUUGUACCCCAAAAAACCAAUGCACGUGCUCAACAACAAACAGCAUUUGUUAGAAAAGGUUGUGAUUAAAUGGAUGUGAAACAUCCACCGGGUGGCGGGUGUGUGAAAAUGAGGAUCAAAAACAAACCAACACAAUUGCGAUCAGGAAGCGCGCGAAUGAAAGGGGCAAUGUUAGAAGACACACACGCCCCAAAAAAGGAAGAAGUAAAGCGGAAAGCAUACAAAACAUCACAAUGAUGCAAACUAUCUAACCACACAGCAGCAAUAUAUUUGUACACACGCAAAACUAUUUUCCCCCACUCGUUAACUAACCAUUUGCGCAACUGGGAAAUUGCCCAGUUGCGCAAAACUAAUCGUACCACAUGUUUAGCGUAAUAAUAAUAAUAAUAAUAAUAAUAUCAGUCUUCGGUUGUGAUUAGACUUAAUGCGUGCGAAGCAUAGAUAAAGCAUCCCUCUCCCCCACCCUCACCUUCCCAUUCCCCUUUUACCCACAAAAAUUCAUACAAAUUAUUGAUGUAAAAUGCCGAUUUAUAAAUGUUCAUCUACAUAUAUAUUAGCGGGUAAUGUGAGGGUGGGGGGAGGAUUAGGAGGUGAGGAUAGGCUGCAGAAGGACAACGUUUAGGUAGGGAAAGAUAAGUCGGUGUGUCUUCUCUCUGUGUUUGUGUGAGUGUGUGUGUGUGUGUGUGAAAACCCAAUGCCUGGAGUCCUGUCGCUCGUGUAGUGCACGUGAUGGUUUCUUUGAGUCUUUAAACAAAAACAAACAAAAAAACACUUUAUAUCCCAUCGGUACUCCACACUUCCCACCCUUCCCUCUUUUCUCCUAUAUUUUGCUAAACUCAAUGUGCACUAAACCUUCUAUAAACCGUACAAGCAUAUCCCAAUUUCGCAUAGCUCUAUGUGCUGUCGCUAGGUUACGGGCGGCGUCUGUUUUGCACAUGCAAAAAAAAAAACAACAACAAAACAUUACGUCCAACGGGAUCAUUAUUGGCUAAGCUAAGAAGGCUGCGCCAGUCAAGGGGGGAGGGCGGCUCAAGCAACGAAUUGGACGUAACUAAUUUGUAAAAAAAAACUAUCGAUAACUACAAACACACUCCACUAUAUACAUAUAUUUAUCAACCACUAAUCGCUAACCACUAAGUGUUGUCCUGGUUUUUUGAUGAAACAGUAUUACGAAACUCGUGCAGAAGAAGGUGAAAGAUACAUACAUACGUCGUUGGAUAGACCGAUGGUUGUGGUAAUAUAGAGUGAUGAGCAGAAGCGAAAUAUGCAUCUCUGCAGAAAGCGUGGCGUGGGUUGAUGGGGAAAGAACGAAACAGAACGAGAACGUAAAAUACCCACAAUUUCCGAACACACGCUAAAAAAAAAAAUACAAACAGAGAUUCCCCAUAAAAACACACACACAACUAAUAUGGCGCUUAUUAACUGGAAAUUCGAGUGAAAUUUAGCAUGUAAGAGAAUAUAUUUGUUAUCUUU